ACACGUUUCUUUAAUCGUUUGUUCUCUCGUCUUCUCUUUUGUUCGCGCUGUGACGAUUCGUCCUCUCUUUUUGAUUCGAUUCCGUCAACUACACAGAGCGAGGAAGACUCAUAGGAGAAUUCUCAAAGUUCAGGGAAAUUGAUGGCGUUCAUUGACGAUGAUGAAGAGGAAGACUCUGUUCCUCAAUCAGCCACCAAUUACUACUUCGAGGAUGACGAUAAGGAACCUGUGUCAUUCGCCUGUCUGCCAAUUCAGUGGAGCCACAAGGAGAAAGUGGACGGAAGUGCAGCUGGUUUGUACUUGAGAGGAACUUCUGACGAUGGUCUUUUGCCUCUGCAUAAGCUUGUCAAGGCUUGGAGGUUCGACCUUUCCAACUUCAGCCCGGAGAUCUCUGUUCUCACGAAGGAUAAUGUCUGGAUCAAGCUUGUGAAGCCGAGGAAGAGCUAUGCGGAGUUGAUAAGAACUGUUCUUGUGACAGUUCACGCUCUUCAGUUUCUUGGGAGGAAUCCUCAGGCUUCUGAUAGAUCUCUCUGGGAGCAUUUGUCUAAGAUUUUCAAGGGAUAUGACGUGAAGCCAUCACAGAAUGAUUUGGUCGAUCACAUUGAUUUAAUCGCUGAAGCUGUUAAAAGAGAUGGAAAAUUGUCAAAAUCCAAGUUUAUACCUGCAUUUCUCUCAAAGAAGCCUACCAAAAAGAGAUUACUUGAUGAGGACAACCCAAAGGAUGAUUUCAUAGUUGAAGAUGACUCAGCUGUAGCUUCCAAUGAAGAUGAAUUGGAUGAUGAAGAAGACGAUGAUGACUAUUUUGAGUCUGUUUGUGCAAUUUGUGACAAUGGUGGCGAGCUUUUGUGUUGUGAAGGAAGCUGCCUGAGAUCAUUCCACGCUACCAGAAAAGAUGAUGUAGAUUCACAUUGCGAUUCUCUUGGCAUGACGAAGAUGCAAGUGGAAGCGAUUCAGAAAUACUAUUGCCCAAACUGUGAGCAUAAGAUCCAUAGUUGUUUUAUUUGCAAGAAGCUUGGUUCCUCUGAUAACUCCAAUGGCGCAGCAGAGGUUUUCCAAUGCGUGUCAGCCACCUGUGGGUACUUUUACCAUCCUCGUUGUGUCUCAAAACGACUACAUUCAGGAAAUAAAGAAGAGGCCGAAGCAUUAGAGAGACAAAUCAUUGCGGGAGAGUUUACGUGCCCAUUGCACAAAUGCAGUGUGUGUAAAAACGGAGAGGUUAAGACUGACCCUGACUUGCAAUUUGCUGUAUGCCGGCGUUGUCCAAAGUCCUACCACAGAAAAUGCCUGCCACGGGAGAUUUCUUUUGAAGAUAUUGAUGACGAGGAUAUAUUUACACGUGCAUGGGCUGGUCUCUUGAACAAUCGUGUACUCAUAUAUUGCCUAGAACAUGAGAUGGAUGAAGAGCUCAUGACACCAGUUAGGGACCAUGUUGAAUUUCCUAUGAGCGAGGAGGAGAAGAGAAUAAAGAUGCUGGAAAGAGAGAGAAGAAAGAUAUCUGCGUUUAAAGAUCUUGCCUCACGAGAUAGAUAUGGACAAGCUUCUGUAAAAUCAUUUAGAAGUUCGUUUCCUUCUUCCAAAGAUGGUGUCUCGACAAAGAAGCAUGGAUUAGUUUCGUCUGUACCAGAUCAUUUGAGGAAACGAAAGGAAGUUGAUCCAUUCAGAAAGUCGAACUUGGUUCGAAACAAAUCCCAGAAGACGAUGGAAUAUGGACAGUCUCGUGAAGCUGGCAAGAAGAAAGUGGAAGUGAAUGAAGCACACGAUGCUGAACAAAGCAAGGUCUCACUGGGUGAGGGCUUGUUUAAUUACAUGCAUGAUUCUAACAUAGUAAAAUCUGGGCGCGUGGUUCCAGUCGACAGCAAACACAGUAAGACCGACUCAUUCUCCUCCAAGGAGUCAGGAAGUGAAAUCCCAAAAUUAGACAAUGAUUCUCAAAGGAGGCUCUUGGCGAUAAUGAAAAAAGCCAAGGAAGAAAUCACUAUGGAUACGAUACUAAAUAAAUACAAAGGUCCAUCUACGUACAGAAGCUCUGCAAUGACUGUUCUUAGCAAGACGAUCACUAUGGGGAAGGUAGAGGGCUCAGUUCAGGCUGUCAGAACAGCACUGAAAAAGCUUGAGGAAGGAGGAAGUAUUGAGGAUGCAAAAGCAGUUUGUGAGCCAGAGGUUCUGAGCCAAGUCUUCAAGUGGAAGGAUAAGUUCAAAGUUUAUCUUGCUCCCUUUCUCCAUGGUGCACGCUAUUCCUCCUUCGGCCGUCAUUUUACUAAGCCCGACAAACUUCAACUGAUUGUAGAUAGGCUCCACUGGUAUGCAGAAGAUGGUGAUAUGAUUGUGGACUUUUGUUGUGGUGCUAAUGACUUUAGCUGGCUGAUGAAAGCGAAGCUUGAAGAAACGGGGAAGAAGUGUUCAUAUAAAAAUUACGAUCUUUUUCAAGCGAAGAAUGAUUUUUGUUUUGAGAAAAGAGAUUGGCUGACUGUAUGCAAAGAGGAGUUGCCACCAGGUCGAAGGCUGAUUAUGGGGCUAAAUCCGCCAUUUGGACUCAAUGCUUCUCUUGCAAACGCUUUUGUUGCUAAGGCUCUUGAAUUUCUCCCAAAGAUUCUCAUCCUCAUAGUUCCUCCCGAGACUGACAGGUUAGAUAAAAAGAGGUCAUCUUAUGUGUGUGUAUGGGAAGAUGAGGAGAUUGUAUCUGGAAAGUCCUUUUACCUGCCUGGAUCUGUCAAUAACGAAGACAACCAGUUAGAAGAAAGCUGGAAUGUUGUUUCACCGCCGCUUUCUCUCUGGAGUCAUCCCGACUUUGCAGCCAAGCACAGGGCAAUAGCGGAGAUGCAUAACCAUUUGCCUAAGGAUGUGGGGAGCUUACAGUUGAAUAAAACUGACGAAGAAGCAAAUGCAUCUUUUCAUCCACUUGGAGCUUCUUCUGAUGGCAUAUGUGAUGAUAAAUCUACAUCAAGAGAUAGUCCAUUUGAAAAUGGUGAGAAUUCCAGAUUGGAAAACGAAGAUGUUCCUAUGGAAGUAGAUGAUGAGCUUGAGGUAGCUGAUUGUGUUAAUAACAUUCUGCUCUCUGAGAAAAUUGAAACACGGGAAACUGCAGCGCAUGUUAAACAUCAGUCGGAUCACUUGUCAAGGAGAAGUCAUCUGGAAAAGGAGAGAGAUAAUACCAGAGACUACUCUGGUAGGAUGCUUGGGAAGAGAAAUGAGAUGGAAGGGGACCGAAGAGAGUUGAAUAGAAGAUCCGAGAGCGUCGAGAUCCCCGAGAUGACAUCUCCUGUGAGGUCUUCAUCAGAUGAUAUAUAUGCCGUCUGCACAUCAAUUUCUAAUGUGUCACCACAAAGAUCUCACGAGCCUGUAGAAGCAUCUCUGCCUUCAAUAUCAAGGAAAAAAAGUAACUUGGGAAAGGAUAUUAGAGAACCUGAGAGUAAGGUGCAGGGCAUUAGAAAACCAGAAGAGAUGCGAAAUCGGCCGACGAGCUCCGCAAGAUCUUCUAGAGAGGACAGCUACACUGUUCGUCCAUCAACAGCUAAUACGAGUGAGAAACCAUAUGAAGCUUUUGAACGAUCUUAUGGUGCAUCCUUAUCCCAUUUCGACGAUGGUCUCGCUGCUAGAUAUGGUUUUGGUGGAGACUACAGGAUGCCGGAUCCUCCAUUGAUACCGGAUCAGUUUCCAUUGGCACCAGCUAUGAGGAAUGGUCCUAACGAGAUGUAUGAUUACCGAGGAUACUCUGACCUCAGCAGAGGAGGGGUUGGUCCUGAAGUGUAUCCGCAGCAGUACGGUGGGCAUUUGGGUCCCAUGUUAGCACCUCCUCCUCCAAAUCUGAUGGACAAUGCAUUACAACAACGUUAUGCUCCUCAUUUUGAUGAAAUGAAUUACCAGAGGAUGGGCUCUUUCCCACCUCAGGCUCCAAUGCAUCCUAGUGGACACAACAACUUCUAUGAUCCUCAGGGCUUUCCGCAGCAACCACCACCUCCUGGAGACUUUGGGAUGAGUCCAAUGGGGUUUGCCCCUGGCCCGAACUACCCUUAUAUGGGUAGAUCUGGCGGUUGGCUUAAUGACUAGAACAGUUCUUGUUUACCUUGUAUUUAAGACAUUAGUAGUUUGGUCGAUCUUUUAUCUCAUCAACUAAAGUUGUAGGAAGACUAGAAGAAGAAAUCCAUAGUUUUUCUAUUCCACUCAUAACUCUUGCUAGUGAGCCUUCUUAUUUUGUUUAAUAUAAUUAAAGAAAGCCAGCUUCCAUUUCUCUUUA